AUGUCGCGACCUGAAAGCAUUCUCAGAGAAGGUUCUACGGGAUCAGGGUUCCACCCGUUGAAGAAAGCGAAGAUAGCUGCCUCAGCGACAGCGAUUCGGAAUACAGCCCUGACACGUGUACAUGCUGCCCCAUCAGAUCAAUCUGGGCAGUCUGGGAGCGACACAGAUGAAGAAGGUGAAACGGAAGAGCCGUCAACGUCAAGCGCAAGAAGUUUCCUCUGGAAGCAAGUGAACCAUCCGCGGACAUGCCACCCUCAAUGGGAAGACGGUCUUCCAGACCCUCCAGAUGAGCCGAAAGCUCCCAUUGCGUACUUCCGGUAUUUUUUUGACGACAAGCUUCUUGAGGAGAUUACAGACCAGUCCAAUCUCUAUGCAGUGCAGAAGAAUGCCAACAAAGCAUUGUGCCUAACACGCGCUGAACUGGAGCAGUUUCUUGGGGCCACAAUGUAUAUGUCCAUAUACAGGCUUCCGCGAUCGCGCAUGUACUGGAACCGCGAGAUGCGAGUAGAAAAAGUGGCAGAAGUUAUGUCACGUGACAGGUGGCAAGCGAUAAAGAACAGCCUUCAUUUCAACGACAACAAUCUCCUACAAGCAAAUGCUGGCAAAGACAGGCUCUUCAAAAUUCGACCACUCAUUGACAAUCUGCUGCUCAAAUUUCAAAUCCUUCCAAAGUCACAGAUGCUGGUGGUCAACGAGCAAAUUGUGCCGUUCAAAGGCCGCUCCUCACUCAAGCAGUACGUCCCUAGCAAGCCUCACAAGUGGGGCUACAAGAUUUUUGUACUUUGCGACACCCACGGACUUGUCUCUGACUUCUCUAUAUACACAGGGGACAUCCGCCCUGUUCCUGGAUUACCUGACCUUGGAGCAAGCUCUAAUGUUGUGCUCGAGCUUUCGCGCUCCAUCCCAGAGAACAAGAGCUACUUGCUCUUUUUUGACAACUGGUUCACAUCCAUAAAACUGCUGGUAAAUUUGCAUCAGCGUGGUAUUCCAGCAAUGGGAACUGCACGCGCAAACAGAAUUUCUGGAUGCCGACUGCCCAGCGAUGCUGAAAUGAAGAAGAACGGUAGAGGAAGCCACGUGGAGAGGCAGGCUACUAUUGAAGGGGUCGAAGUCCGAGUAGUGAAGUGGUACGACAGCCGGGGAGUGAAUAUUGCUAGCACAUUCGGGAGUGCCCAGCCUCUAGGAAGCUGCCAGCGGUAUGACCGCAAAAAGAAAGAAAGAUGUGAAGUUGAGCAGCCAGCCAUUGUGAAGGCUUACAACACUUUUAUGGGUGGAGUCGACCUUCUCGAUGGGCUCAUGGCGUACUACAGAAUUUUUCUGAAGUCGAAGAAAUUCUACCUGCGAUUUUUUUUUCAUUUUGUGGACAUGGCUGUUGUGAGCAGCUGGCUGCUCUACCGGAGGGAUUGUGAUGCUCUAGGAAUCCCAAAGAAACAUCAACUGGAUCUUCUAGCGUUCAAGGCUUCUCUAGCCAGCUGCCUGUGCAAUCAAAACAAGGACGUGAUGAAAAAGAGGGGGCGGCCGUCUCUUUCCGUGGAAGGAGAGCUUGAGAAGAAGAAAAGAAGAGGACCAGCAGCUCCAACACCUAAUGCUGAAGUCCGUCAAGACAAUGUUGGCCACUGGCCUGAAGUGUCGCAGCAACGACAACGAUGCAAGAUGCCUGGCUGCAAAGGCCAACCUGUUUCCUUCUGCACAAAACUCCUGCUUUACUGGGGCAACCUCGCUGCAAAGCUUGCGAUGGAGGAGAUGGUGGUGGAACCAUCUGGUGGCAGGGACAGGCCCCCCGCUACAAGGAAGCGCCUCACCUCUUCAGUGGCAUCAGAAGCUGGCGCUUUCGAGUCUGCUGCAAGGUCGGAUGGCUCGGAUAUCUUCAUAACUGCUAAGCGCAUUUCUUCUGUCGGCAUCACCGUCGUCGUGAGGUUCCGUAUGAGGUCCAAGGGCGAUAAAGUCGUCUCCGAGUGCCGUAUGCUGUAUGUGCAAUUGAAAGCGCGCGAAGAUGAACUGACCAACGCGGCUCAAUCUCGCGUGUGCGAGCAGGAUGGCGAAGCUGAAGCGCUCGCUCGCCUGUACCGCGCGAGACACGGGGGUGAGGCGAGGCAGGGGAGGGGUGUGGUUCUCCGGCGGCUGCUGCUCAUGGCGCGGCCACGCGGGCGCAAUAUAUCGAAAGCCAUCUGCGACGUGGCCAAAGUGCAUGCCCACGUGGGCCUCAUCUGGAAAGCGAUGUUUGCAGAGCGCGCCUAG